AUGGCGGUCCGUCUACCAUUCCCGAUGACGCAACGGCGUCUUUCAACAGUUCCGAGCAUUGGCUCUUUCGAUCCACGGAGGCGCUUCGUUGCGAUGGCAGCGGCCAAGAGAAGCCCUAAGCGUCUCAAAUACUCUACUCCUCGCUUCACCAAGGAAGGUGAGUUUCUGUCAAUAGAGGUCGAUCCUUCGGGUGCUGAUGCUUGGAAACUUGAACCUGUUAUUGAGCUUCUUAAACAAGGAGCUGUUGGUGUUAUUCCCACUGAUACAGUAUAUGCAAUAGUCUGUGAUUGUAAAAACCAGUCGGCUGUAGAGCGUCUACGAAGGAUUAAAAAGAUUGAAUCCUCCAAGCCACUUAGCAUUUUAUGCCGUUCCUUUCGGGACAUUGACACUUAUACAAUGGGGUUUCCUCGUGGCGAUGGUCAUGGUCAUGCAAACGUUUUUCGAGCUGUCAAGCACUGCUUGCCUGGACCUUACACCUUCAUCUUGACUGCAAGCAAAGAAUUACCCAAACAGUGUGCCGGGUACGGCACGACAAGUGUGAAAUAUGCGUCCAGGAAAAACGUGGGUGUCCGGAUUUUCGAUGACGCUGUCUGCCAAGCUAUUCUCCAGGCAAUGGAUGCACCGCUGAUUUGCACCAGAGUGAAAGGGCCAAAAGAAAAUGAAUGGAUGAUUGACCCAACCGCAAUUGGUGACAUGUAUGGACCAGAGGGUCUGGAUUUUGUGGUAGAUGGAGGUGUAAGAGUGGCUCAACCAUCCACAAUCGUUGAUAUGACAGGACCAUAUCCCAAGGUCAUACGGGAAGGGAAGCUGGGACCUAUUUUGCCAUGGAUGGUGGUUGAGGAUGACGAGCGCCAAGAUCUUAUCGCUUCGUGA